AUGCACCAGUCUAUAACGAAGACGUCACCGUCGAGGCGCAUAGCGCCGACAGUCGACAUCGAUCUCGAAGAGUCAAUGGUUAUGAAGUUUGAGCACACAGCGCUUGCUCCUGCCCUUAUCAUGUUACUCAAACUCCUGAUGGAAAACAACUUGAUGUCAACAUCUUCCUGCUCGGAACGCACAAAGACGACAUCAACAACAUUGACCAUCACAGUGCUUGAUGAUAACGAGCCCGAGGAUGCAGAGAGAUUCACGCUGAGGUUACUUGCACCAGAUGGCACAGCCAAGCUUGGAACCAAGACAGAGAGAACCAUUCUCAUUAACUCAAAUGACUCACCAAAUGGUCUCAUGAGUCUUUAUGCUGCUAGUACAAAAAUGCGGGAGAUAUCUGUAGAGGAGGGUGUAGGCAUGUUGCAUUUUGAGAUUAUACGUACCCAGGGAAUGGAAGGUCAGGUGACGGUUGACGUCGCUACAGAGCCUGGCACCGCAACCACAACCGCAGAUAUUUCAAAUGUAGAUCUGGUGCCAGUACAGGUUUUAGGAACUACUUAUGUGGAAGGCUGGUCAAGUUUUACAAUGAACAAAACAGUAUUCAUUUUAAUGCAUAAACCGUCUGUUGUUGGUGAGAUGACCUCACCUCUUGGUUCACAAGGAUCAACUGGGGCUGUCGACAUGGCAACACUGAUGUUCACUACACUAUUUAGAUGGCAGGGGGAACUGGUACCAAUUCAGACUGUUGAAACUGAUGGAAUUUCAUCGUCAGUGGCAUUUGUCAUUGAUAAUGUGCAGUACCUGGUUAUCACAAAUAAAGGUAACUACAAUAGGUACGAGGCGCAGAGUAGACUGUACCGUGUAGAGGACACCGGACAACUCAUUGUGCUUCAAAACCUUGAUAGCAGAGGAGCCACUGAUGUUGUCUACUUCAACCGCAACAAUAUUCACUACAUAGUGAUCGCAAACUCUCAGGACAAUGGUGGAAACACUGAAGUGAACACUGACAUCUGGCGAUGGGAACCAGGGACAAAACGGUUCAGCAAAGUGUCAACUUUACGUACAUUGGGAGCCAGCUCCCUUGCUGUUUUUGAAAUUGAAGAUAAAAUUUUCCUGGCUGUCGCAAACUUUUAUGAUUCUGUACAGAAGUCUUACCAAUUAGAUUCCAAAAUAUACAAGUUUGACUCCACUGAAAAGUUUUCACAGUAUCAGAGUAUAUCAACAACGGGGGCCAUUGAUGUGGAGCAUGUCAGAAUUCGCUCCCUUGACCUGUUGAUAGUUGCCAAUAAUCGAGACAACACAGUAAGCAGUCCACAGAAAUCGGAUGUAUAUCGCUGGGAUACCACCUCACAGGGAUUCCUUCUACAUGAACGGCUCGAAACAAAUCGUGUUGAAAACCUGGAAGUGUUCACUGCUUUUGAUGAUACUGUAUAUGCCAUGUUUGCAAACACUAUUGGGUUAUCAGCAAUGUUUGCCUGGGAUGUCCAGACUAGUCAUUUCCAGUCUGUGUGGACUGGUCGCCCAUCACUUAGUAUGGUACCCAUCACCAUCCCCCAGGAAGCUGGGCAAAUGAAUCUUAUUGCUAUUGCGGAGAAGAACAUAACAACCAAUCCUGUCAUAUAUCAGCUGAUCAAGGUCAAGGACAGUGACUAUGCUCCUAGUACUGUCACCAUGACGAUGGAUGCAGGUCAAGACCUUCUAAGAACCACAGUUUAUGUUAUGCAAGACACCAUACCAGAGGACACAGAAACAUUCUAUGUAUUUCUCCGUAAUGCAGCAGGGGGCGCUGAAAUUGGUGUAAACAACAGAAUUGCUGUAAACAUAUUGUCAAAUGACAAUGCUCACGGCAUUAUUGAAAUAGCGCAGGACUCACUUGAGAUACUGGCCCAGGAGUUACCUGGUCGAGAUAAUACGGUCGAGGUGAAUGUUAUACGUCACCAAGGUUUCUUCGGACAUGUCACGGUAAAAUGGGUUGCUACGGGAGAUCAUGAUGGGACUAAUGAUAUCACACCACUUGAAGGACUGAUUGAAAUUCCUACUGGUCAUUCUACGGCGACUAUAUCCAUAACAAUAAGAGAUGACGAUAUAGCAGAACUACAGGAAGUGACAUAUAUACAGUUAACUCAAGUUGUAGAUACAGGAACAACAUUGCCUGGGCGGGGUGCUCAAAUUGGUGAAAACAAGAUUGGUAAACUCAUUGUGAUGGCAAAUGAUUCCCCGUAUGGUGUUGUGAAAUGGAGCCAGGUUACAGUAACAACUACGGAACCAGAAGGCUCAGACAAGGUGGUUAUCCUAUAUAUCUCUAGAGAACAGGGACUGGCUGGUGACCUGCAGGUCACUUACACAACAUCAGUGGAUACCAAUUUGCCAUUGAAGCAGCAGGCAGUGUCUGGACUAGACUUUAUAUCACAGUCAGGCAGUAUGGUGGUCAUACAGGAAAAUACGACGUCUGCUCCAGUUCAAAUUGUCAUCAAACAGGAUGAUUUGCCGGAACCUGCAGAAAUGUUCCUUGUGAACAUCACAGGUGUGAGUGUGUUAGGAGGAACACCAGGAUCCGGAGCAGAACCCAGUAUCCGUAUCCCUGGUAACGUGGUCACUGUAACAAUAUCUGAGAAUGAUAAUGCCAGGGGUAUUGUCGAGUUUGAUGUUACAACAAACAUUGAAGGAAGAGUUGAUGUAUAUGAAGAAUUUGGUAAAAACUCGACACUGCGACUGAGAGUGAGCCGUUCUGUAGGCUUCUUUGGUCCCAUCACUGUCACAUGGAAUGCUGCACCAUGGGAAGCUACGAGCAUGGACUACAGUCCAUUAAGUGGGACGCUAAACUUCGCUGAUGACCAAGAGAGUGCUGAUAUUCUGAUCACAAUAUUAGACGAUGACUUGGCCGAGGAGUUGGAGACAUUUUAUGUGCGUUUGGUUAAUGUAACUGGUGGUGCAGCACUGGGACCUAGACAGGAAGUUAGGGUUGGAAUAUUGAAGAAUGACUCACCAAAUGGACUCUUCAGAUUUGUCACCUCUCAAUUGGAUGGUCAAACAUCCAUCUUCUCAUAUUUGUUGUCCUACAUCAUUAUCUUUGUGGUCGUCUCCUCUGAAUCUACUGGUCUGAAUUUCACAAAAUUUUCUCUGUAG